UUGUCAUGUCAUCGAUUUUAUUAAUGAUUUCAAAUCGAGUUAUUUCCAUUAUAAGCCAUGGUUUAAGGAAGUAAUAUAUAUAUUUAUACCAGUUGACUAAAGCAAAUGUUGGACUAUCUGGUUCAAUUGUGCGAUGACAUUCGUUUCAGUUCGCCACGAUGUGAGAGAAAAUCUGUAGAGAAACAUGAAAUGCUCGAAAUAAAGCACCGAAGUACCAUCGAUGAAUUGUUUGACAUGUUUUUCUUAAAAAAACUGGAAGAAAAACAUAGACACAUGUUUGUAGAAGCGAAAUAUUUGGAAAAAGCAUCGAAGAUACUGGCAAAAGUCGAUAUUUUCGAUCAGGUGUUCAAAAAUUUUAUACUACACAGUGAACAGAAACCAAAAGUGGAGCAAAUUUUUCCACGUGUUGCUAAAACAGAUGAUAUUAAUGUAUGCACGAGCUGUGGUAAACCUAAAAAAGACAUCAGAAAUUCAAUUUGCCAAACUGAAAUCAAACAAGAUAACAAAAUGAACCAAACCGAAAUUAUGUGCAGAAAACUGAUAUUGAAGACCGCUUGUAAAAAGAAAACCUGUAAGGAUCCUCUUGUUGAAGCUAUGACUAUAACGACUCCUUGCUUACACCAGAAGGUUUUAAGGAAAAACCACAUGGAAGUAGACAUGGAGGGGAGUUUAUUGAACGUUAUUAGUUUGGAAUCAUCCCAUCAUGAUAUCGAUUCGGAAGCUCCUCACCUAAAACCUCAUCACAGGAACCGAAGAAAAUUGUCUAAAUGGAAAUAAAACUCGAAAAUUGUU